AGUCUUAUCAGAUCCAGCUAUUUCUUUUCCAACCGUCAGGCCGUAGCCUUUUCAUUACCCCACCAAAAGAAUAAACACCAGCACACACGCCAUUUCCAUAGUUAACCUCUUAUUCCCGUUUUUCUCAAUUCCUUUUCUUCUGCGAACAUUUCACAUUACCUUCUCUACAAAUCCAAUUCUCCAAUAAUCAUGUCGUCCGCACCCCACGAUAUCGCCGCCGAGUCAUCGUCCGCCGCGCAUCCUCAACCGGAUCUCCCGGCCUUACCAGUCCCCGAACCGCCUGUAUUCGUGAACCCAAACAACAACAACAAUGCCAACUCUGAGCCCUUUCCCGCGCCUUUCCCCGCGCCUGCGAGACACGCAUCCGGCACAGUCGGCGGCAUUUCCACAGAGGUCAUGUGCAUGCAGUUCGCGGACAAGAUAUUGAUCACGAUAUCCCAGGGCGGGCGGCUUGCGCAAUGGGUACAUGUACCGCUUGAUCAGUCGAACCCUACAUACGCAGACACAUCGUUCCUGGGCGGGCAUGGCGCGGGCUACGGUGCAGGAUAUGACGGCAGCGGCGGCGCAGACGGAGAAGAAGAAGAAGAAGAAGAAGAAGCCAAGCCAGAUCUAUUGCCCCUGCCGCAUCUAACGCCGAGGACGAUAUUAGGCGGGACGGUGCCGGAGCGGCAAGUCCUCGGGCAAUUGUACGCGACGCAGAUAGCGAGCUCGAUAGCGAGUCGGGAUCCGGAAGAGAAGAGGAUGGUAGUGCUGGGGCUCGGGCUGGAAAAGGUGGAGAAGGACUCGGAGAGAGCGCGCGAAGCGUUUUUCGAUGUGAUGGAGCUGGUGCUUCAGGUUGUUUGAAAGUAAAACAUUCUUUGAUAUAUUUGGGAUCAUCGAGCGGCGUUUGGGGUUUAUUAGUUGCUGCCAGAUGAUCCGUUGUUGUCACACUGUGCCGGAUUCAGUCCAAGCAUUUAGGUAUUUUUGGGUAGCAUUUGAUGGCGUUUUGUAAAAUUGAUAUGAUCAGAAGGUAGUGGAUACUGGCUAUGGACACCUACGGCUUCUUUUUGCUGUGGAAAUGAUAGAACGGGCAGAUUACACUUGAUUUGCUCUUUGUCAAGCUAUUAAAAAAACGAAGGCACGUUGGAUUUCAAUGAUGAGACUCACGCUGGGCUGCAUGG